AUGAAGCUCCAAUUCCUGAUGCUUGGUUUGGAAGCUUCCUCUGCCCUUAAAUCUGUAUAUGCGGCAAGUGAUAGUAAAGCGACUCCUUAUUUUCCCAUUCCAACCAACGCGCCCAAGACAUGGGUUCAUCCAGGAGUUUUCGUUUCCGGGCCACAGCUCGAUCACAUUGCCAAGAGGAUCGAGGCUAGGGAGAAUCCUUGGACGGAGGCAUUGGAUUCCAUGCUUAACAUGUCGUACAUCUCGCCUACGCGAACGGCCGAGCCAUAUGAGACGGUCCAGUGCGGACCGACAUCGACGCCCAACAUUGGGUGUUAUCAGGAGCGCGAGGACUCCAUGGCGGCAUACAUGAACGCAUUGGCAUGGUGGAUCACGAAGGACAAGCACUAUGCUGAGAAAUCCAUCCAUUAUAUGGAUGCCUGGUCUAGCACGAUCCAAGGUCACAACAACAGCAACGCACCACUGCAGGCGGCCUGGUCGGCCGCUAAUUGGGUACGUGCCGGUGAAAUCAUGCGCUCGAGCUAUGAACACUGGUCCAAGAAGAGUAUCAAGACUUUCUCUGACAUGCUACGACACGCCUACAUCCCCAUCAUCGAGGACGGCGCCCCGCAGAAGAAUGGAAACUGGGAACUAGUGAUGAUUGAGUCUACCAUAGGGGCUGCCGUCUUCCUUGAAGAUGCAGCUCUGUACGAAAAGUCCUUGGAGUUGUUCUCCGGCCGGGUUCCCGCGUACAUCUACCUGACUUCUGAUGGGAAGUAUCCCGUGCAAGGCCGUGGUGGGAUCAAUACCACCGCGGAGAUUAUCAAAUUCUGGCACAAUCAAAAAACCUUCCCAAUUAGCGGCAUCACGCAGGAGACCUGCCGAGAUUUUGCCCACACCAGCUUUGGCAUCUCAUCCAUCUCUCACAUCGCCGAGACGCUGCGUAUCCAAGGUAUGGACGUGUGGAGAUCCACGGACGUUGGUGCGCGUGUUAAGGCGGCCCUCGAGCUACACACUGCACUGGAUUCAAAAGAGAAACCCAUUCCUAAGUGGCUGUGCAAUGGCACCAUUCCUGACACUAUGAAUCCAAUGUUAGAGCCAGCUUAUAAUGCACUGGCCUUUAAUUUGGGUCACAGAAUGCCUUUUACUAAGAACAUGAGCCGCUCCGGCCUUGCUGUACUACCUGGCUCUAUCACCACUGGCGUUGCUUUUGGUAUCCCCCCUCUGUUGCAUUAUGCAGAGCCUCAGCUACAAGAAAGAUUUCUCCUAGAUCUCUUAGUCGAGCGAAAGAGAAUCUGUAUUGCUAUUACGGAGCCAGAUGCUAGCUCUGACGUCGCCAACAUCACCACGACGGCUACUCUGAACUAUGCUAGCAUGGCAGUCCGAACUGGUGGGGAAAACUCUGGAGGAAAAGGCAUUUCUUUAAUCUUAGUCCCGCUCAAGGACCAUCCUGGCGUGACAAGGAGACGACUUAAAAUUGCGGGGCAGAUUGUGGCUGGAACUUCCUUUAUCGAACUUGAUGAUGUGAGAGUCCGACCGGAAAACCUGAUCGGGCGUGAGAACGAGGGCAUGAAGUACAUCAUGUACAACUUUAACCACGAGCGUAUGUUCAUCUCUCGCAAGGCAUUCAACAAGACUCUCAUGGAACAACCCGUGGUACGUCACCGACUGGCUAAAUGUGGUGCAAUCCUGGAAGCGCAAUGGUCCUGGGUAGAAUCAUUCGCAUACCAGCUCUCCAAGAUGCCUAAGGAAACAGCAGACCAAGAACUCGGUAGUCUGACCGCUCUGUGCAAAGCCAACGCUGGCAUUGUUCUUGACGAGUGUGCGAGAUGCGCUGUUCUAUUGUUCGGCGGCAACGGUUCUACGCGUACGGGCAAGGGCGAGAUUGCGGAGAAGAUUUAUCGAGAAGUGCCUUGGGCCAGGAUUCCUGGUGGAAGCGAGGAUGUUCUGUUGGACUUGGCGAUUAGGUAA